UCUAAUAUUCAUGUAUAGUUUUGUAUGUUACCAUGUCACUUUACCUGACAAAUAUUUAAUCAUCACUUUAACCAAGUAAGUAAGCCGUAACUUCCAUACUUUCUUAAGUAUUUUAUUCUGAUAUUUUCUUUGCAACAACAUUUUCAUUAAGUAUAUUUGAACCUGUGUUACUGAGGAUUUAUUCUAUUUCCUGGAUGGUUAUGUAUUUAUUUCAUAUUUGCAAUGGUCUAUUUGAUCCUGAUUCUGAAAGAUGGAGAAGAUUUUUAUAUCCACCACCCUGCAUUCUUCUUAUAUCAGCUCAGCUUAGUCUAUAGACAGGGUGUAGAGCAUUUCUGAUUUCAUCACAUUUCAUACUUCUAAUGACAAUACUUUUGUGCAAAGUCCACAAAGCAGAUUAAUCAUAGACAGGAAAGUGUCCUAAUCCCUUGGUUUUAUUUAUUGUUACUUUUUUUUGUUUGUUUGUUUUGUUUUUACGAUCACAUUAGAUUUUUAUCUGUGUUAAAGAAAUUUCAUUUAUUUGUUUAUUUUUGAAUAGCGGCAUUAGACUUUUCUGCAUACUAAAGCAAGAGCAUGCAAAUUUUUACUGGACAAAAAGACCUUGGCCCUAGAAUGAAUUGAUCUUGUUCAUUGAAAGUAAAGAGAGCAGUAUUUAACUACGAGUUUUUGCUGCUCUGAUUUCACUGCCUUUUGUAUAUCCUAUCAGGUCAUAAUAAUGUUCUGUAAGGUGAUUGACCAAAAACAACAAAAUUAUCAGAAAACUUGGUACUGUCCUUUAAAAUAAUUAUUUGGAGAGUUUGCUUUUAUUUUGAAUCAGCAGAUCAGGUUUUUCUUGCUGUUAUGAACCAGAAUAAGGCUUUGUAGAAAAUUUAGCUCAAUGGGAAUUAUGCUCAAAUCCCAUUCAUUUCUAUGUGAGAAAAACUCAGGGAAAUUUUGUGUGAUUUUUUUUCUGGCUGCAUAAUGUACGAUUCUAUGUCUGAGCAGCAGUCGUACAAGAAACAAAUUGCUUCAGAGGUACACCUACUCUUAUUUUUUUAUGUUGGGGAACUUGUGAGUCUUGCAUUUGCUCAUCAAGACCAAGAAAUACAAGCUUCCCCAAUCAGGUAGGGGUCUUAAUGCUUGUUUACAGCAAGGCAGGCUAUACAGUUAUUCAAAAACAAAGCUUCUGACCCCAAAGGUAAUAGAGAUAAGUAAAAUAUCAGGAGAGAUUCAAGUCAAAAAUGAGAAGUGUUUAUACACAUACAUCGUGUUUAUAUGGGUUAGGCUAUUUUAAAUUAUCUGUGUCACAGUGUUCACAGAAUGUGAGGUAAUAAGAAAGGUCAUUUUAGACAGUUUAUUCUAUUGGGAUUUUGUUGGACAUCAAGCUUCAAGAACCUUAUAGAUUGCUUGUUUCACAAUGUUUAAUUUUUGCUUGUGACAUCACUGUAAGAUCAUAGGCUAAUUCAUGCUCUUUACUCCUGGGUGAAAAACUAUGGUGGAUGGUCUCACAGCUUACUUGAGUAACCUGCCUUUCACCAGGGACCUCUUUCUUACAAAUGAACCAUUUGUAAAAAUUUCAUAUUAAUCUAUGUUUGAUAAUAGCUGCUUUUUAUUGGCAUCAUCCUCAGGCACAAGAGUUAAAAUCAUUGCAUUUCAGUAUAAUCUAUUCUAAAUGUGUUGGGUGCCUUGCUAGGAAAGAAUGAAGUUCUGCUUUCUCUUUUUAUUCCAAAGUAUUUGCAUGAGCUCUUAGUUCUCCAAGCUGUGCCUCAGCACUACAGUUAAAAUCACUUUUUCUUGCACGUAUGCGGGAGCAGACCACAGCUGAGCUGUGAGCUAACCCAGACUUUGCUGUGUGCCCUGCCUGUGAUAAGGAGCAGGUAUUUGUAUGCAGGACUCAUCCUAGGAUAUGGUCAUGGGGAUAGCAAUCAUCCACUCACCGUCUCCUUUCCUUUUAAUACCAGAAAGGAUACAUACCACCUUCCUCUAGCUUGCAUUGAUAAAUCAAACAGGUGGGAAGUUCAACUUGCUCAGCUGCAUCAGAUAUUUGAAGAAGUUGAAGACCUUUAUCAGCACACUCCAGUUCAAAGUAAUAAUCCAUAAAGUACAGCCAAUAAUGUCAAGAAAGUGUUUGAAUUAAAAAGGCCAUUUAACUCAGUAUAUUGAAUACAACUAUGCUGAAAAUUUUUAGAGACGUUUGCUGGCAAUUACUUGUUGAUUCAAAAUGGUAGUACUUGUACAUCAUUAAUAUUGCUGUGUAAUUGCCAAUUAUCAAUUAUCAAUUGAUGAUGACAAUUCAUCAUCAUCAGUUAGAGUGCAUUUCAUACGCAUUUGGGGUAUAUAUGCAGCCUUCUUCUUUUAACCACUGACUGAAAGAUUUGCAUAGAAUAACAUCUGAGGUAGCCAGAUUCUGUGUGGGACAGAUCUGUACUUCAGGAGACAUUCACCUUCAAAACAAAUCUUGUCUGUUUCCUAACAGCGUUAUAUCCAGCUGCAACUUGCGUCCCCCACCUUCCAACCCAGAAAGGACUGACCUAAGACCAAAAGAGGGUUAAUGAUUCUCCAUUACAAGGGGAAAACAAAUUAUGACAUCGACAUCUAAAGGAAUUUUCCGGCCAUUUUUGAUUAUCUUCAUUGUCCUUGGUUGUUUCAUGGCAUUUAUACUAAUUUAUAUUAAACCGACAAACAGCUGGAUCUCUGGUCCUAUAGAAUCAGCCAGCUCAGUUUUGAAAAUGAAGAGCUUCUUUUCUUCCAAAACUGAUAAUGUUAAUGAGACUACUAUUUUGAUCUGGGUUUGGCCAUUUGGUCAGACAUUUGAUCUAACAUCCUGCCAAACAAUGUUCAACAUCCAUGGGUGCCAUCUGACUAUUGACCGCUCACUAUAUAACAAAUCCCACGCAGUUCUCAUUCAUCACAGGGACAUUAGCUGGGAUCUGACUAAUUUACCUCAGCAAGCCAGGCCACCAUUCCAGAAAUGGAUUUGGAUGAACUUGGAGUCUCCAACACAUACUCCUCAAAAGAGUGGCAUUGAACACCUUUUUAACCUGACCCUGACUUAUCGGCGUGAUUCAGAUAUUCAGGUGCCUUAUGGCUUCAUGAUGGUUGGUACAAGUUCCUUUACAUAUGAAGUGCCAAGUAAAGAAAACUUGGUGUGUUGGGUUGUAAGUAACUGGAAUCCUGAGCAUGCUCGAGUCAAGUAUUACAAUGAGCUUAGCAAAUACAUUGAAAUCCAUACCUAUGGGCAAGCCUUCGGAGACUACGUCAAUGAUAAAAACUUAAUUCCAACUAUCUCUACUUGUAAAUUCUACCUUUCAUUUGAAAAUUCAAUCCACAAAGAUUAUAUUACUGAGAAACUUUACAAUGCCCUUCUGGCUGGAUCAGUACCAGUUGUACUGGGCCCUUCCAGAGAAAACUAUGAGAAUUACAUUCCAUCAGAUUCUUUCAUACACGUGGAAGAUUUUCUCUCCCCAAGAGAGCUGGCAGAAUAUCUUCUAAUGCUUGACAAAAAUAACAAGAUGUACCUUAGUUAUUUCAACUGGAAGAAGGAUUUCUCGGUGCAUCUUCCUAGGUUUUGGGAAUCACAUGCAUGUCUUGCUUGUGAUCAUGUGAAAAGACACCAGGAAUACAAGUCAAUUGGAAAUUUAGAAAAAUGGUUUUGGAAUUAAUGUGUGUGUGUGUGUAUGUGUGUGUGUGUGCGCACGUACGUGUGCACUUUUUUGAAGAAGCCAGAAGGAUCUUUAGUCCAAGUGGAGAGGAAAGGAAUAAGAAAAGAAAAGAAGGAAGAGAAAACCUUAUGUCAUGGUUUAUCAGCUAUCCUCUCUUGGCUGUCCUAUUUAUAUUUUGUAAGAGAUUUUAAAGAUCAUGAGCAGCAGUCAUCAAUACUCAGUUUUAAAUUAUAAUGUACAUACUAAUUAUGUGCACUGAAGAAUAUUUGAUUGUUUACUAUAAUUUUUAAACAAGAUUUUUCACAUUGUCUAUGAAGUAUGCCUCAUUCUUGCACAUAAAGUGGUGAUUUUUAACAUUUGUUUUUUUCCUUUUUUUUUAAAGAUUUUAUUUGCUUUUUAAUCUAUUUGGAAAAUGAGGACACAACUCUUAAAUGCCAUAGAGAAUUUUACGAACAUAAUUUUCUGUUCUAUUCUGAAAUGUGUGUAAUGUUUUAAAAAACAGUAACUUUUUUAUGGGUCAUCUUAUAUUUUAGGAACACAGUGAAGUUCAAUAUCUGUCAUUAUUUCAGUGUGAUCAAUUGCACCCCUUUUUAAGGGUGCAGAAUGUAGAAAUACAGUUUUUAAAAGGUAUUACAAUAGCAGACGCUCUGUUUCUAAAAAGGAUGAGUUUCCGAAGAAACAGCUCCUAGAGUUACUUUAGUAAUACGUUUGUUACCCUCCAAAGAGUAGAGAAGCCAGAUAUAAACAAGAUGAACAAUCGUAGUGAUCAAAGCCCGAUUCAUCCAACUUUUGAAUGCAUUUAAAUGCAGCAUGUCCUUAAUUUUCCUGGUGUAUCAAGUAUUGUUUACCUGAAUCAGGGCUGUAAUUGGUGAUAUAUUGAUACAGAAGUAAAUGGAUUUUAAUAUAGGCAUUUGAUCGCGUAGACUCAUGCACUGAAUUUAGCUGGUAAUAGUAACCUUUAAGAAAUAGCUUGUUAAAAGAUUCUAGAAAUUUCUCUCUGUUGUUUUGUUGUUUUUUUUUGUUUUUUUUGUUUUUAAUUGUUAAAUUUCUCUCAAAUUCUGUAAAGAUCUGUUGAACUGUAAUUAUAGUUGGACAACUUGCUGAGUAGCAAGUUUCUUUUCUGAAAGAAAUAUGCUGAAAAUCAGUAAAUAAGUUAUCAAGAUGACAUAUUCAACCAUUCAACUCAUUAUGCUAAUGAGUUUUGUUUUCUGAAAAUAUUUUGUGUGACAGGUAUAAACAAAUGCAUUCUUAAGAACAGUAGAUGCUUUCAAAAUCUGAAUAUACAAACAGGUUUUUAAGUAUUAAAUUUGCUCUGAUAACAAAUACAGAAAUGUGAUGAUUGUCAUGAUUGUUCAAAAUAUGUCUGUUUCUAAUGUGUGUUAUUUGAUUUUAUUACUUUUUUUCUUUCAACAGCUAAGACUUAAAUUCUGGAUUGCUGUGUAUAGUACAAGGUUAGUUUAAUGAUGUAGGACAUACGGAUAUAUUUUGGUACCAACUGAAAACCAAUCAGCUUAGUUUUUUAGGUCAAAAUAUUACAGAGUACAGUUUCUACUGAGUUGCAGUCAGUUCUCAGAAUCUUGUGUCUACUAUUUUGAUAUGUUUUAAAAUCAUACUAGAAAUGUGAAUUCUUUUCUGACUAUGUUAUCUUUUAUUUAAACUACAGAAAGUUGUAAAAGAAAUGUUAAAAGGUACAAACUCACUGGUAAGCAUCACACGGUAAAAUUAGUACAUUGUUUCAAUAGUUAACAGAUGAACAUUGAGUUCAAACUUUUGAGACUUAUCCCUAAGAAAAAGAAAAUAACAUGUAAAAAGCUUGAAACAUGAAGGUGUAAGAUGCUUUUCAUUUACUGUGAACAAAUACAUGUCCUGCUACUAAAGUAAGGCCUGGUAAAAGAAGCUACAUACAGAAAAGAAUGAAAAAAGUCUAACGGUUUAACUGGAAAAACUUCUAGUUAUGUGAUGUAGAAGACCUUGAUCGAGCAAUUUAAUUGAUAAGUACUUAAGAUUAAACUUGCAGACAACAAGUGUGCUGCAAUAAUGAAUCAAGUUGUAAGUGAUGAUUAACAAACAAUAAAGUGAUUUAUGAGAUACUUUGUUUACCCCAGGCUGGAACAGAAACAUGGAAGGCUGUAAGAAUAAUAUACUUACAUUUCUAAACUCAGAAACUCCUCUGAAAAUCUUAUAGAAACACUUGUGUUCUCCCUAUGUCUCCAUUUAGAUAUUUAUUUAUACUGUGUAUUGCUGUCUUAAAAAACUAAUUUACAAGAUACUGUGAACCUCCUAAAUUCACCAGCAUUCCAGUAGGAAACAAGAUGGGCUUACCUUGCAAAUUUAUGCAAUAUAAGGAAACCCAGUCUUCUAAAACCAGUGUUGACAUUGUCGUAAUGUGAAUAAUAUUUCUAUCAUUUUGAAGGCAUGUGCCUAUUACCCACAGGAACAAAACCUUUCUGUUUCUUCAUACUUUUUGUUUUCAGGGCUGUGAAAUUCUCAGCUGCUGAAUAUGGCACUGCUUUGGCUAGAUUACCUGAUUUCUUUGAUGCUGGAAUUUUAAAAUUCUUUGCAUUGACCUCAGUGGAAGUAUAUUCACCCAUUGGUGAACAUGUACUGUCUCUUAUUUCAUUCCUCAUUCCAGAUAGCAGGAGGUGUGCUAGGCAUUACAAGGCCUUAGUCAGAGGAGACUAAUUCCUUGGCUUCAAGAUUCAUCUGAUAAAUUCUUAUAUUAAUAACAAGUAAGCACAAUAAUGAGAUGAGAUGGGAAUAUAUAUUACUCGUUACUAAAAAGAUCAAUAGGAGUAUACACUGGAAAGUUUUGAAAUAUAUGCUACGUGUUAAGCCUGUAAGUAAUAUUGUUACUUCUGUGAGCACUGGAUCCAGUCAGCGUGGCUAAUCUUGUGCUGAAUUUUAAGGUACAUGACAGUCUUUUGCUGGAACUGGAAACAGUCAUUCUUGUCACAAAAACUCUACACAAGCUUGUGUAGAUACUUUGCCUUGAGGAUGCAUUACUUGAAUUAUUUCAAAGAUUAAUAAAACGGGAGAAAUUUAAACCAGAUUGAAAUGACUAAGAAUCAUGAUCAAAUCCUAACACAAGACAUGGCCCUAAUGUCUCACUGAUAUUCCUGAAGUGUGUGGUCUGGAACAAAAGUGAGUCAGUCAUUUUAUGAAGAUUUUAAGGGGAUCUACGUGUAUGUAUUGUCAAGACUUAAGCAGUCCUGAAUGUAAAGAGCUUUGCUGACAGAAGCUGUAACAUCUUCAGACAUAUCCAGCCUAGGUGGUAAAUGAUGGAAAAAAUGGUUGUAAAUUAUCUGGACUUCAUGCAUGCAAAAAUGCAAUCUGCCUGGACCUACACACCUAACUAACAGAAGACUGAUUCCAGUCUGUUUAUGCUUUCUAUGUGCCAUCCUAAAUGAACAAUUAGUGUAAUGGGUUCAAAUAGUAAAUCCCUGUGAAGGAGAAUGGGCAUAAACAAUUAAUUAUGGAAAGAAAAAUUACACGGAAUUAGAUAAAAUGGAAAACAAGGCAUUAUUUAUGCCAUGGUACCACUGUCAAAAGAAGAUACUUGUACAAUAAAAGAGAAAUUAAAGAUGAGAAAUCACAUCAAUUCUUACUAUUUUCUUAACAAUUUUAUUUAGCCAGUCAGUUCAUUUUAUUUGCCGGCCAAGUAACCCAGCAGCAUGCUUACUUGUCACAUAUUACAUCGUCAGUCAUUGAAGACAGAGAGUAAUCAUUAUUCUUUCUUUUACUAUACCUUCGUUUGGUUGUUCUUAGGCACUCUGUGCUAUGCUGAACUAUCAACAUUAUACUGUCUUAAUCAGUGUGGAAAAUAAGAUCCAAAACAGAUAAAAUGCUAACAGCAGAUGCAUUGCUCUCCCACUGAAUGUGAAGAGAUGUCAGACAAACUGGCAGCAGAUCCUUCUAAAGAAGACUUUUCCUUUCAUUUCACCAACACUCAAUGACUAUAGCAGCUCAUGCUCAAUGUGAGAUCUCCCUUCCUUAGCAAAUUCGGGUUCCUAGUUUCUUUGAAUGCCUCUUAUCAUCCAAGGUGGCUGUGAUUGCAAUGAAUAAGCAGCCUGAGCGAGGCCCACAGACUGUGCAAGAAAGAACCAGCAACAUAUUUGUUUUUUAAGAAAUAUAUUAAAUGAAAUGAAAGACCGAGAGAGCUAGAAUAUGUAUGUGGGGCUGCGGAUUUCAUGCAGACUGAGCACUAUCUGUGUAACUGGCACUGCUGAUCACAGUAAACAGAUGGUUACUGGCUCUAGCUAUUUAUGUUCACUUUCAACCUGGAACUGAAGAAGGAAAAGGAAAAGGAAAAGGAAAAGGAAAAGGAAAAGGAAAAGGAAAAGGAAAAGGAAAAGGAAAAGGAAAAGGAAAAGGAAAAGGAAAAGGAAAAGGAAAAGGAAAAGGAAAAGGAAAAGGACCAUAUAAUUUUCUCUAAUCAGGCAUCAGUUAAAUAACUAAAAACUGUUACUGGUUAUUCAAAAAUGACACUCCUGUUAGCGUUGUAUUAUCUCUUUUAUUAGAUAAAAAAUAACAUUCGGGGUGGAAGACUGAAGUCUGUCAGUAUGCUAAUCAUAUUUCCUAUUUGAUAUAAAGAAUUCUUAUUAUCUUUUCUUUUUUGAUUUUGAAAUAAAUCUUUCUGCACUUAUGCAACAAUGCUUUGUGGACCUCAUUCAGAAAGGACCUUAAGCACAUGCAUAUGACCAUGAGACUCAAGCACAUGCUUAAAUUUAAAAUCAUCUUAAGUGCUUUAAUGCAAUGGGGCUUCUAACAGUAUAUUUUUUACUGUCUUUGGGAAUGGUGCCAGAGAGCACAGUCUAUAGCAUAGGCCUUGUGUUUCCUUUUAAUAUCCAUGAGUCUAUUCUGUGAGUAAACUGGCUACUCCAAACUGAAAACUCUUCAGACUAAUUCUAGCUUAGUGCUUAUCCAUCAGAUGUUGGCCCUACUCUUCUGCUUCAGCAUAUAACAUGUGCAUCAUCACCUCAUAUCUUCCACUCAGUAUGGCACCCCACCUUACAACCUCCCUGUGCUGUGCACUUAGAUGUUGAAUACAGAGGUGAGAGGAGCUGAGGCUUGCUGAGAUGGUAUUUAGAAUAUUCUCCUAGGAAGAAAGUAUAAAACCUGGUCACAUCUGCUUCAUUUGACCCAGACCAAGUACGUCCUAGAGGCAAUGAGUCUAAUCAUAGAACAAUCAUAGAAUAUCCUGAGUUGGUAGGGACCCAUGAAGAUCAUCAAGUCCAACUCCUGACUCCACACAGGGCAACCUAGGAGUUAAACCAUGUAUCUAAGAGUAUUGUCCAAAUGCUAUUUGAACAUCUAAAUGUGAACCCCUGAUUUACUUCUUAUUUUCUUUCUGAGGAUAAGAAAAGGCAUAUAAUUGAAAAACAGCACAUGGUUUUAUUCCCACUGUUGAGGAAAUGUUUGCAUUCUUCAUCUUAGAGAAGCAUACAACCAGAAACAACUGAGUUGUAAGUAAAUUAAUUGGACUACUGAUUUAUACUAAACUAGAGUUUUAGGAACUAGAGGUCGACAGCCUGGGAGAGACAGAGAACACAAGUGUGUCUGCGCACACAGGGAGGCUUCUGACCUCUUUAAAUCUAAUGGUGGAAGUUAGUCAAAUAUUCAAGUGCUUCCUUCAUCCAAACCAGUAAAUUAUUGAGAAGAGAAUCUAGGUGAAGUACUUGUUUAUCUAACAGUUGGUGGGUAUUCUUAUUAACAAUGGGUGACAAUUCUACUUUCUUGUUUGUUGUUUUGUUUUUCUGAUAUAAGUGUUUUUUUUGGAUGUUAGACCACAAUCAAUACAAAUACAAUUCAUUCAAAAUGGUUGUUUAAGCUUCAUCUUUUACUCCUUGCUCAGGCAAAUAUUCCACCGAAGUCAGUAGCUGAUAUGGGACAUUCCCAAAUGGGACAUUCCCAAACAUUCAUACAGGAUGAGCCCAGAGUGGAAUGGCUGGGGUAAAAAGCAACCUUCUUAUUUGUGGAUGUUUUCCUUAUAAUAUAUGAAUAAAUGGUUCUAGUGCUACAGCCCAUUCUAACUUCAAAGAAUCAGUGUAACAUUCAUACUGGUUAGAUAUGUUCAUAAAAAGUACAGGAAUGCCAAGAAAUUGAUUAAAUAAACCAUGCAGUAGUAAUUUUAAUUCAUGGCACAAAUGCCACAGAGUGAUACAGAUAAUAAAACCAUAAACUCAUGAGAAAUAAUUAGUCCUAGAGACAUCAUCCUGUGGUUUUUGUAUUGGAAAAAGUCACUUAAUUACUCUAUUGGAAAGCUAUUUAAUUGAGAAACCUUUAUGUUGCCAUAUUCCCCAUGCAAUUUACUGAACCCAAUAGUUUCUGUGCAGUGAAGAGUUCAGAGAUUUGGUCACAUGUCAGAGCCUUUCACCUCUGGGUUAAUUGCCUGAAUUAUGAGUAGGUUGGUGCAGGUGGCUAUUUGGGAACCUCUAGCAGGUGAUACUAUGAUCUCGACCAGGCUUCUCAUUCCUACUUUUAGCUAAGGAGGUAAAGAACUGAAGUCAUGUGAACUGAACUCAUAUGACAUCUUUGUGCAUUUCUCAGUGCACAGAGUGACCUAGGGUGCUCCCAGUCCUGCAGCCUGCACCACACCUGUUUGUGAUUACACAGAAGUCUCUGUUGUCUUCAAGAGUAUUGGCAUUUCUUUGAAGUAUAGUGCUUGUCUGUACAAAUGAAGUAUUCAUACCUGGGGGAACUCUUCAUUAACAUUCCUAAGUAAAUAAUUAGUAAAAAAAAAAAUAAUCUAAUCAUUGCAAAUUGGCAGGGAAAGCAAUUGUUGGUUAUUCUAUAUAUGAAUUAGUCCAGCAUAAAACAGGCUUUCAUGAAACCCUGUUCCCCUGACUUGAUACAGACAGUUUGGAUCUAUAUACAAGGACAUGCACGACAGCAAAAUGUGAAAGAUAUACCAUAAACUAAUGCUUUGAAAUUGGGAUAAAUUUCCUAUAGAGCCUUGAAGCUGUAACUAACCACUUAGCUGUCACCAAAUGAAAAUAUUCCUUUUCCUUAUAACAUGGUAUGAAAAGCCAGUCUGAUAUAUGUAUGCUGUUCGGUAAAUAAUUUAACCACAAAAUCUGUAUUUUCCUUUGCUGUUUCCUUUUGUAAUGCAUAUGUUAAAUGAGAUUAAAAAGUAUGGAAAGUUAACUCCCUUGGUGCAGGUUAAUGUUUCAAGGAUUCAGUGGAUAUCCUGAAGACAACAAAAUGAGAAGAUUUUCCAUCUAUACAAAAUUCUAAUGUGCCAAACUGCUUCCAGUGAAUAAUAAUAAUAAUAAUUUAAAAAUAAAAUAAAAAGUUAUGUAUGUCUUUUUAUUAGGAUUUGCAAAAUCUUCUAUUAAUGCACUGUAAUUUUGCACUAUUUUAUAAGAAAAUAAAAAAAAAAAAGAGGGAAAAAGAAAAAAAAAAGGAACUGACAAAGAAACAGAAAAAAAAUCUAAAAAUAGAUGCCAAAUGUAUAGUUUGUAAAAUACUAUUUUUCUUAUAUAAGGUGUCAUCAUAUAGUGAAUCUAACUGUGUUAAUGUAAACUGUGAAAAAUGUGAUGUACUGUUGUGACACAGCCUGUCAAGGGCCAUUUCUAACACACAGACUAGUCACCUGGACUUGUUUAUAUAUGAAACAUAUUCAUAAAUCUGAUAUCACUUUUAUACUUAUUUUUUGUAGUCUAUUUUUCCACAUUUACAACACAACUGUUAUUUUAUAUCAAACAUUAAUUUUGCUUUAAAAUAUUGUUUAAAUAGCUGGGUGGGUGUCUUAAAUGUGCCAGAUGUUCAAAACUGUAACAAGGUACUUCAGAAACUAUUCUCUGCAAAGCUAUAAUGCUGCUGAAAUUCAAAAUGUUUUGUUGAACAAACAGGCAUACUGUCAAUAAACAAUGGUUUUUGGUCCAUGAUAAUGAUGAUAAUGCUACAUUUGCUAGGAUAAAUGCCUGGUAGUUAUGAGCUGCAUUUCCCUAUCUUUCUCUCUGUUGGAGAAACAAUACUGGGUGCCAUAGCUGAAUGUCAUAGAUAUUCAGCCACUUGCAUGAUGUGCCAUAGACUUGACCUCCAAAACAUAUUGACAAGAAUUAGGAGAAAAACCCUAAAGCUGCUUGUCCUGAUUCAAACCCACUUUGGGCACGGAUCAUGGGAUUGCACUCAGGACUGGCACAAUCUCUGUAAAGAUAGUAAGUUCUCUAUGUAGAAACAUGGGACAUUUACUCUCCUAGUGAAAGAUCAGGACCAAAGUUCCUUUCUUGUUUAUUUGAGCUUACACACAUAACAUUGAAUGGGAUCUGAUAUGAACCCUUUAUUCAUGUUCUCAACUAAUAAUAUUUCUUGUACUGACAACUUAAUCUUUUAUAUGUUUUAAAUAGCAUACAUAAUGCAUAAUUCAUGUGUAAGAAAUAGUAACUAUGGAAAACUUAAUUUUAAUAAAAGAAUGAAAACCAUUCUUAUCUGCAGGCACAUUUUAAGAUGCCAUGUCAAAAGGAAAUAUUGUAAAAAGCUGUAUUUUUUAUUUGUUAGUGACUGUAUAUUUUGCCCCAUGAUGUUUUAUAACAGGAAUUCUACCAAACUGUUUCUUUGUUACCUUCGAACAAUAUCGUCACCCUGAGAUGCAUCUGAAAAAUGUAGAGGUUUAACCACUGAUGUUUUUCCGUAUAUUUUUAAUUUGAUGUUGUUGUUAAUCUUUGUUCUAAUUAUGUAUAACUAUGGUCAGAAUUUUAAACACAAUUUGACUGCAGUCAGAAGAUACCUACUGUAUGAAACCAUAGGUAACUGUAACCAUUUCAAGGACUUUCAUCAUUUAUGUGAAAUUAAUCUUUCUGAACUCUGAUCCUGACAUGGUUAACAAGCAGCUCACUGACUCUUAUUUAUUGAGCACUGGAAUUCACCCCAAAGGAUAAACACUGAAUUAUGUAAAUAAUAGUGCUCUAUAUAAGCCUAACAAAUUAUUGUAAUAGGUAUAUUUAAAAUAAAAGAAAACAUUCUAAGUGUA